UCUAACGCCACUAAGGUUGUUAUUCCUGCAAAUGGCAGUUAAGUAUUUUUCCCUGUUCUGAGGGAUGGGAGGGAGGGUGUGAGAAAGAACGAGAAAGAGAGAGAGGGAGAGAGAGAGAGAGAUAAAUUGCAAGCGUCCACGUUGGAGCAGCCUCAUUCAACAGGUCUAACCAUGGAGUUCAAAGGAGUGUGUGUGCUGCUGGGAGUACUACUGCUGGUGAACUGCUCGUUUCAGCAGACUCCAGCGAAGAAGAAGCCAGUGAAGAAAGAAACGACAAAGGAUGCUGCCAUCAAGGAGCUGCAGAAACAGAUCAACGACAUUCUCCAGGAGCUCAACCUUCUGAAGGAAAAACAGGCCCUGCAGACAGUCUGUUUGAAAGGCAUAAAGAUUCAUAGUAAGUGUUUCUUGGCUGACCCCGUGAAGAAGCGCUAUCACGAUGCCAGCGAAGACUGUAACGCCCAGGGCGGCGUCCUCAGUUUGCCCACAUCCAGCAAUCAGAAUGACCAGCUCAGAGACUACAUCCGCCAGAGCGUCGGCCCGGACGAGCAGAUCUGGCUGGGCAUCAACGACAUAGUGACUGAGGGCACCUGGAUCGACCAGACCGGCGUCACCAUCACAUACAAAAACUGGGACACGUCCAAUUCCCGGUCCCCUCAGCCGGACGGCGGCCAGUCCCAGAACUGUGCCGUCCUGUCCGGGGCCUCCAGUGGGAAGUGGUUUGACGAGAACUGUCGUGAGGAGAAGCCCUCUGUCUGCCAGUUCAACAUUGUUUGAUCACAUUUAACUCAUCAUAGACUCUGCGCAUAGUUAGAGCUGCUUUGUCGGUGUACUCUUGCUGCGAUGCCACUUCGCCUGCUAUUCUAAAAGGAGCUUUAUAAGCCAGUGGUUUCUCAGCCGGUUUUGCAUCGGGAUAACAAAUUCAGACCUAGAAGUCACAGUCAGCAGCAUGAGACAGUGAUAUACCAAGUUAUUUUUCACAAAAGUGAUCUGGCGAUAUGUAAUUUGCAGCAUUCCCUCUGGUCGCAAUGAAACCAAGGAGAACAAAGUGCAGUCGAGAAUAGGCAAGAGAUUGUUGGACAUCAUCUCCUCCCUAAGUCAUCAGUGAUUUCUGCAGAUCAUCUUCUUUUUAAAAUAUAUACAAGAUUAUAAUUUUUCCAAUAAUAUCAAAACAUAUAUCGGCUAUUAGAUGUUCAGAUUUCAAAAUUCCAAUGUUCCAAUGUUCCAAAGGUGUGUGUAGGUGCUGGCACCUUUCACAGACAUAAAAAAAAUGGGUGUAAUUUUCCAUGAUUUCCACACAUCCACACCUCAAUUACGACAGCUCCAUGACUCACUGGCGGAGAACCACUGGUUUAAACUCCCUUCACAUCUAACUACUGCAUUUUACCUACAAGACUCACUUGGAGACAGAAUAAUAUAAGUGAUAUUGCAUUAAAAAAAGAAAAAGAAAAAAACACCAUCUUUAAUCAGUAUUCUUUUAAGAGACUAUUUCAGUUUGCUAGUUUUGUAUUCUACCAUUA